CACCAACACCAUCUCAUUGUAAUAAAAUCUUGUCAUUUUUUUGUCAUUGAACACUCCACCCUUUAAUUUUCUCAAGGAAAAAACAACUCCCCAUCAAUCUUUAUAUACACAUAAAACAAAUAAUAUCCACACAACAUAUAUAGAAGUAGUUCUUGAUCCAUGAUCUUGCUCUACAUACAGCCAUAACUGGAUCCAGCCCUUUUUCCUCUCUUCCAAGUUUUCACACACCACACACAGUGACAUAUACAUACACAAGAUUGUAUCUCUCUCUUCAUCGAUCAAAUGGAGGGUAGUAAUGCUAUUAGCUUUCAAGAAGAGGAAGAAGAGGCGCUCUCCCUCUGCGAUUUUCCUCUGAAUAAUUCAGAUGAACAGCUACAAGACUCUUCCAAGGAUCAAGAUCUCCAAGACUCGUCCUCCCACUCCCAGCCGUCCGAUUUCUUCGAGUUCUUUAAGGUUGUCCACUCCGAUGAUAUGUCCCAUGCAGAAGACAUAAUCUCCUGCGGCAGGCUCAUAGUAUCCUACAAACAACAACAACCUCGUUUCGACCAUCGGUUCCUUAUUACAUCUCCUGAACAUCUCAUGAGUUCAUCUCGCAGGUAUUGCGAGUCGUUGCCUGAGCUGAACCCCGCAAGAUCAAACGGCAGGAGUUCAAGCACAAGACUCAUCAGUCGGAGCAGCCGUUCCUUGGAUUCCCAAAAGCUCCGUUGGAAUUCAAGCCUGGUGAUUAAAAAAUCCAACUGCCAGGAUAUUCAUCGGAGUUUUUCCAAGGGGUCGAUGAAAUUCGACGGGUUUAAGGGAUCACCUAAGCCUAGAUGGUGUCCUCUGAUGUUUGGACCAGUGAAAUUUCCGCCGGAAAUGGAUCUCAGGGACAUAAAAAGCCGGCAGGUCCGCCGCAGUCCAGGGAGCAUGUUCCCGGCGGUGGAGGGCGGAGAUAGAACUCCGGUUAGUCGGAGAACCUCAUGGGGCGGCGAUUUGCUGAGGGUGUUGAGCUGCAAGAAGCAUGCUAGUGUGUCUGUCACGGCAUCAAUUGGUCUCGUCUCGCAAGUUUGAGGAUGUCACUCAUCAUGAUCAAUCGUCUCACGUGACGAUCACGUGCGUUUCUUCGACUUCAAUGUAUACGUAUAUUUAUAUGUUUUAUGUAAGAAUUUUGAUGAAAAAAUUAUUUAAUUAAUUGUAGUAAGGGAUCAAAUGUAACAUGCAGGUGAUCAUAAUUGGCAAUAAUACAUGAGCGUGUAUUUUACUAA